AUGAUAGUUUCAUCGGGACCAGCGUCCGAAAAGGAGAUAGUAGAAGCUCAACCGGUGCCUGUCAGAACAGAGCUUGACAAGGCGCUCUGGCGAAAUUGCGAGCUGACUGACCACUAUUACGAUUUGGUUGCGAAGGAGGAUAGUGUUCAAUGGAUGACAUACGACGAGCUUGAAGGAGUUCAAUCCAACGCGAUGAUCAAGUGGAUACAGGAUCCAGCAAAGAAUCCGUUAUUCCAUAAGAUGGGUGCCCGUAGCUUGGGUUUGAAGCGAAGCAAUGGCCAACUCAGCGAGGUGGCUCGCACUGCCAAAAGGCCUGAAACUAGAAGGAAAGUUAUGGAAUGGGAAGAAAACGCAUGCGAGCACCUUGCACCGCUGUACAAAGAGAUGGUAUUGUUGCGCACUGAAAUUGCAAAGUUGGGAAGACACAAGAGCUUCUUCGAAUACAAAAGUCAUUUCAAGAUGAUGGAUGCCAGAUCUGUUGCUACGUCUCUCGAGGACUUGAGAAAGGAUUUAACGCCUCAGUUCCAGAGUCACAUGAAAAGCAUAUCGGAAAUGACACUGAAAGACCGCAACUUCUCAGCCUCCACUACACAGUUGCGCCAAGAUGUCCAGCAGAGUGGUAACGAUAUUCAAGCCUUUCCAGCCUCCCAUGAAGAAUGUCAACUUCACUGGGGAGAAGUUUAUAAAUACUCGUUUGAGAAGCGGAAGAAGUUUCCAUGGCGAGAGGAAGUACACGACUUUCCUGACUAUUUUCCUCUAAAUACCACUCUUCCCGGCUUGUUGUCCAUAUUUGGCCAUGUCUUUGGGAUAAAAUUUCGAGAGAUUCUCCCAGAUCAAGCUGAAUACACGAGAUAUGUUGCAGACUAUGUGGCCCAUCCCGACUCCUUCUCAAAAGCAAUGAAUCGGGAAGAUACGCUCAAAGUCUUUGUAGCACAUGAUACUAGUGAAUCGUGGAAAGGAUUAACGACCCUUGGAGUUGUGGUUUUCGAUUCUCUAAAGCGGUCAAAUAAGCCUAUCGGCGGACUAUGUCUUCCGUUUACGACGUACAAGCUAGACCGCAACCAGAUGGUCAAAAAACGUGGGCCUGGAAUCGCAAUCCAAACUGCUUUCGAACGGGCCAGCACAGACAGACCUACUUUACUUUACCCAUCAGAUCUUUAAACUCUAGCUCACGAGAUAGGCCACUGUAUCCACCAGCUGGUGCGUGGGGAUUUCUAUGGUCUCCCAUGGGACUUCGUUGAGAUACCAAGCACGGUGGCAGAAAACGGGUCCGUGAUCCCAAGAUGCUGCAAAAGCUAUCAUCGCACUAUGUUUACGAUAAAGAAGAAUACCUCAGAGCUUGGAAACGCAAGAAAGGCAGGGAAGCCGAAGUACCGCCCAAGCAGGCAACUCUGGAAACCUUUGAU